AUGAAGCGGCAUUCAGCGCAGCGCGAUUCAACUGCCAACCAGGUGCACAGUAUGCUGGAGCAAGCGGUAGACGAGCUCCACUUUGUCAAAAACCAGGAAGAGCGCGCGCUGGAAAGUCAAGUGAAACUUAUCCGGGAGAGCUAUGCGUUGCGCCUGGAGGUCUUCCAGCAGCAAUAUCUCAACAAGGUUGCCGAGAUUGAAGACGAAAUGUAUGCCUCGAUCCAGAAACGACAAGAAGAAUGCGAUGCAACCAUCCUAGCAGCAGCCAAGAAGCUGCAAGAUCAGACACAGCAAGCAUUGUUGAAAGAUCUAGCCAUGACGCACAGUGGGGCGACGGACGAGCAACGCGACUCCACCUCCAUAUCGACAGGGAUGCCGACAUCUCCAGUUUCGAAGCAGCGAGCAAAGCUGCAAGCGCUAGAGGAAAAACUUGCAGCAUUCUCACCCGAGUCGUUAACCCGUGUCAAGAGCGAGCUGGCCACUCCAAAUCCCUCGCCAUUGUCGCCAUUGCGAAAGGGUCCUUCGUACUGGAGAAACGGCAUCUCCCUCGAAGCACGAGACGAAGACGAGGACUUCCCAGCCAGAGCGAACAGAUCGAGCAAUAACGACCUUCCUGUUGGGGCUGAUACUUCCAGAAAGCGGCAACCGACGUCUCUUUUAAGUCGUCGAUUUCUUCGGCCCGAAGAGGAGGAAGAGCUGCGUCAUCUCCGAACAAGUAUCGGCCUUGCCAAAGACUGGAUGGCAAAGAACAGUCACGCGUAG